GCGGGGCACGACUUCGGCCGCACGACGCGUCAGGCGGCGUUCAACUUUCUGCUCUACGGCCCGGCGCAGCACUUCUGGUACGGCGCGCUCGCGAGGUGGUUCCCGAUGACCGCGGGGGCGUCGAUCGCGACGAACUUGACCCCUUUCGCGAUCAAGGUGUUCCUGAACCAGGCCGUGCUCGGGCCGGUCGUCGUGACGACGUUCUUCGCGUGGAGCGCCGCGUUUACUGGGAAGUUGAGCGAGUACCCGCGUCAGAUGCGCGAGCGUUGUUUCCCGACGCUGCGGCGCGGGUGGGUGUUCUGGGUCCCCGCGGCGUCGAUAAACUUCGCGGUGGUUCCGGUGCGGUUCCAAGUGCUGUACAUGUCCUGCUGCAGCAUCGUGUGGAAUUACAUCUUGUCCACGGCGGUGGCGGGGGGGGGAGGGAAGAAAGCCGCCGUAAACGCCGUCGCCGGGAAGAAGAGGUGA